GCAGUGGAAUAACAGACCAUUUACUAUACUUUGCCCAUAAUGAUAUAAAACAAGAUAUUCAACAAGUAACUCUUUUCAGAAGUGUUUGAAGUGAACCAUGGUCAGAAAUCAUAUGGGGAAAGAGCUGGAAAUGCAUGAUUGCUGCCUUUGUGGGAAUUUUGCAUUGGAUACAUUUAACAACACUUUUUGAGAAUGACCGUCAUUUUUCUCACCUCUCAACUUUGGAACGGGAGAUGUCUUUUCGCAAUGAAAUGGGACUGUAUUAUUCUUACUUCAAGACCCUCAUUGAAGCACCUUCAUUUUUGGAAGGCCUGUGGAUGAUUAUGAAUGACAGGCUUACUGAGUAUCCCCUUGUAAUUAAUGCAGUGAAACGAUUCCAUCUUUAUCCAGAGGUAGUCCUAGCUUACUGGUAUCGCACAUUCACAGGAAUAACGAAUUUGUUUGGGAUAGAAACUAAAGCCUGCUGGAAUGUCACCAGAGUGGGAUUUCCUAGUGAAAUUGAGAGCUGUGAAGGAUUGGGAGACCCUGCUUGCUUUUAUGUAGGUGCAAUUUUUAUCUUAAAUGGAGUCAUGGUGGGAUUGUUCUUCAUCUACGCUACAUACUUGAGUGGGAGUCAAUUAGGAGGUCUGCUUACAGUACUGUGCUACUUUUUCAACCACGGAGAGGCCACGCGUGUGAUGUGGACGCCACCUCUCCGUGAAAGCUUUGCGUAUCCGUUCCUGGUGCUUCAGAUGUAUAUUCUAACCAUGAGUCUCAGGAUCUCCAAGAAUUAUGGACAAUAUUACAUUGCCCUCUGUCUUGCCAAUGUUGCUUUUAUGCUUCCCUGGGGAUUUGCUCAGUUUAUACUUUUUACACAGAUAGCCUCAUUAUUUCCCAUGUAUGUUGUGGGGUACAUUGAGCCAAGCAAGUUUCAGAAGAUCAUUUAUAUGAAUAUGGUUUCAGUAAUCCUCUGUUUUAUUUUGAUGUUUGGGAAUCCAGUGUACUUAUCUUCUUAUUAUUUUUCCUCUUUGUUAAUGACAUGGGUGAUAAUUCUAAAGAGAAAUAAAAUUCAUAGAAUGGGACUAUGUGAACUCAACUUUUGGCUAAUUCAAGGUGGUGGUUGGUGGCUUGGAACAAUCAUUUUGCAACUUGUGACAUCUGAAAUCUUAGGCGUUUCAGACCACAUUAGCUUGACUAACCUUAUAGCAGCCAGAAUCUUACACCAUACAGAUUUUGAUACCUUAAUGUACACCUGUGCUCCUGAAUCUUAUUUCAUGGAACAAGCGACUCCACUAAGAUACAUAAAGACACUAUUGCUUCCAGUUGUUAUAGUGAUUGCUUAUUUUAUCUUUAAAAAGACUAUUCGUGAUGUUUUAUGUGCCUUAUAUACAAACACUUACCUAAGAAAACAGCUCCUUGAACAUGGUGAGGUAAAGAUCUUCUCAUUUUAUUCUCUGCUGGUUUUUCACACAUUGCAGUUGUUAGCAUUUGCAGCCCUUGCCAUCUUAAUUUUGAGGCUGAAGCUGUUUUUGACACCGCACAUGUGUGUUAUGGCUUCCUUGAUCUGCUCUCGACGGCUCUUUGGCUGGCUUUUUCAAAGAUUUCGUUUUGAGAGUGUUAUCUUUGGCAUUCUAGCAGCAAUGUCAAUACAAGGCUGUGCAAACCUCCAUAAUCAGUGGAGCAUACGAGGAGAAUUUACUAAUAUGCCUCAGGAAGAACUUCUACUAUGGAUCAAAUACAAUACCAGACCAGAUGCUGUUUUCGCAGGCACCAUGCAGACGAUGGCGAGCAUCAAGCUGUCCACGCAACACCCCAUUGUGAACCACCCGCACUAUGAGGACGCAGACUUGAGGGCCCGAACAAAAAUAGUUUAUUCUGUGUAUAGUCGAAAAUCUGCGAAAGAAGUGAGAGAUAAACUGCUGGCAUUACACGUGAAUUACUAUGUUUUAGAAGAAGCAUGGUGUAUUUGGAGAACCAAGCCGGGUUGCAGUAUGCUGGAAAUCUGGGACUUGGAAGACCCUUCCAACUCAGCCAACCCCUCCCUCUGCAGCACACUGCUCAGGGAUGCAAGGCCUUACUUCACCACAGUGUUUCAGAACACCUUGUACAGAGUACUGAAGGUUAACCAAGAAAGAGACUAUAUUAGCAUCUUCUGAUGCAAAGAAGGCAUCAAAGACACACACAAAACAUUCAUUCAAACCACGAGCUUUAAUAAGAGAUGUUUAAAAUAAUAGAUGAAGAAUGGCUGAAGUUUUUCUGAUUGCUAAAGGCAAAUUUAUUGUUCUCCAUUGAAUGUCAGCCUUGUUAAACUUGUCAUAUAGAUAAUUUUUUGUAAGGAUGAUCCUGCGCAGUCUCCCCUGGAAGGCAGAGAACCGUGACGGAAUAGUGUGAGCUCUGCGGCACGAUGGAGCAAGUCCGAACCCCGGCUCUUCCUGCUAGUUGUGCCUCCUGCCACCCAUCCAGCUGUGAGGAUUUUCUGCAGAGGAAACUGGAGGUGACACAACUUUCCCAGAGCUACAAAGGUGUUCUGCUAUUUCGGAGCCCUGGAGUCUCCGAUCUUCAAAGACAGCUCACACAGAAAACAUAGGUUUGGGGACAGGUGGUUUUCCUAGCUUGUCCCUUCCCCCAAGGCAAGCAGCAUCCUGCUGGCUCUAUUAUACUAGAUAAAUGACUUGGAUGAAGCCUGUAUCUGGCUUCAAGUCCUGAAACUCACUAUUCUGAGCCUGAAAGUUUCCUUAAAAGGAUAGCCUUGUUGGAAAAACUGGAUUUCAACCUGCCAAAGAUUAAAACUAGAUCCCUAU